GCUUCUGAAAUCAGAAGACCUUCUGACGUAAUCAAAAUGCCAUCAGGAGAUAGUAAGACCCUGAAAGUGCCGGUUUCAAAGAAUAUGUUGGAUUCUCAUAUGAAAGGAAGUCUUCUUGAGAAACUCAAAACUAUGGUGGCAAUCAUCAUAGCAGAUGCAGAGCUCCAAAAGGUAGAAAGCUUGUCUUCUCGUCAGUACACAGUAGCAGUCCGUAUUUACCCAGAUCAGAGCCACCCAAAUGAAUCUUUUCUCGACCAACAUGUUGCUCGAACUUGUGGAACUAUCUCAGAUGAUUCCAAAUCUUCAGAUACGGAAUUCUUGAAGUGGAACGAAAUAUUUUUCUUUAAAGUUGAUUCACUGGUUGGUACAUACUUAUUUAUCUUCAACUAGUGACAUUGUGCAUGUGUAUAACCGACCUAAGUAUGAAUUAAGCCUUUGUUGAGCUGGUUCUUUGCACGCCUUUUUUUGUGUCUGCUCCUGUGGUGAAGCGUGAAAUUUAUGAAAUGUAUUCAGUUUUGCUAGCAUAAAGAUAUUGAACUAUCACCUUUUGUGGUUCUCUCUCGUUACUUCUAUUUCAUAGCCAUUAAUUACUCUGA